GGGCCAAUUAGCAGAAGAAAGGAGCAGUUUGUCCCACCGGCGUUUUGCUUAGUCGCGGAAGGUCGUCCGCAGCUUUGCUGUAUUUGGUGACACUGAAAACCAAACGUGGCCGAAAUAACUGAACUUUGUAGCAAGUCCAGGACUAGAAGACGUGUAGUGAUGUGAGUGCUGCUGAAUAAACAGAGGAACGCGGCAAUACGUCGCGUUUGGUCGGGCUCGUUAUGAAACCUUGCUAGCCGCGUUAGCUAACGUUAGCAGUUGACUAACGUAACUGACGUUGGCUACGGUGACAGCACAAAAAAGCGGCAGGAGACGCAGGUGAAGUGACGACAGCAAACUAGCCAGCGAAUGUUAGUUAUUCUGACGAAGUCCGAAUUAACUAACGCUACGUGUGAACCAAAUACCCGCACUGAAGCCGGGUGUUCGGACUGGAACAUUGAGUCCCUCUGCCCGGUCUUGGACCAGACCCCAGGGCUCAGCCUUUCAUACGCAGGAUCUCCUUUCCUUGAACCGAGUGGCUGGUUUGAUGGCAGCCACGGCCGGUGCCCGGAGGUUACCCAUGGGUGUGCGGACAUUCAGUGACUUUCUACAGAUUGCCACUAUGGGCUCCCCUCGCUCAUGUCGAGCACCAGUUUCAAGAGGACGCCUGCGACAAGACAUCAGACACUUGUCAUCCUGUGGCAUUUUGAUGACAAGAACUCCAAGAGUACUUUGUCUUCAGGACUGGGACACAAUGACAACUGUUCCCCAAAGCAGAAACUUCAUCAGUCUCACCAACAAAAGGAAGGAGUACUCCGAGCGUAGGAUACUUGGGUUUUCCAUGCAGGAAAUGUAUGAUGUGGUGGCCAACGUUGACGAGUACAAGAACUUUGUACCCUGGUGUAAGAAGUCCCAGUACAUCAUGAAAAGAGCAGGCCACUCCAAAGCCCAGCUUGAAGUUGGAUUCCCUCCAGUGGUGGAGAGAUACACAUCUAUGAUCACUAGCGUCCGGCCUCAUCUAGUUAAAGCAGUGUGUACAGAUGGUAAGCUGUUCAAUCACCUGGAGACGAUUUGGCGCUUCAGUCCUGGUAUUCCUGGUUACCCUCGUACCUGUACGGUAGACUUUUCUAUAUCCUUUGAAUUCCGCUCUUUGCUGCACUCCCAGUUAGCCACCAUGUUCUUCGAUGAGGUUGUUAAGCAGAAUGUUGCUGCGUUUGAGCGGCGAGCCUGUAAGCUCUACGGCCCAGAGACUCGUAUCCCGCGAGAGCUGAUGUUUCACGAGGUGCAUCAGACGUGAUCAUCAGACGCCUGUUUGUCCUCAUCUGGCCUUAAACCAUACCAACCUUUAUUCCCUUUAUCCACAUGGACCUGCAUGAUGCUGCUUAGUCGCCCGUCACUUCAUGUCUCCACCGCUGCAGAGCCAUCACGGCUGAUGAAGAUGUUAGAUGUACAACUCUUGUAAGCACUAUGUUGGAAGCCCUGCCACAACAAAUGCUUGCUUAUCCCUUCCUCCUUGUGUUACGUCUGUCUACCUCCAGUUAAGGGAUCCGUGUUUAGCAGGAUUCCACCAUUGCUCUUCCUCCAUGACAGUUAAAAGCUGUAUUCAUGUAAACAAAACAGUAAAUCAUUGCAACCUCACACUAUCAGUGGUAGAGAGUCGACUUUUAUUUUUGACAAACAGCACAGUGACACUGAACACCCUUUUAUUUAAUAAAAGGCACAAACUUUUAACCUUAUCUGGGAUCAAGUCUUAUAUUUUACGGUGACCUGAAGGUUACUUGACACAUGCUGACACUUUAUGGAGUCAGAGUGUGUCCAGUUUUCAGCUCACUGCAGCACUUGAAACAGCUGAAUAUACGGUAUUAGGAAAGCUUAUUCUUUGCCUUUACUUUUAUCAUUUAUUUCAGAUUGAAGUUUUAAUAUAUUGUUUGAAAUAUAGUAGUGAAAUUAGUGCAAAACAGUUCAUUUCAUUCUUUUUUUCCCCUUUUUUUUGUUAUAUGCACAUUUUACUGUGUUAUUGGGGUUCAGAUAAAAUGUGCCAUGUCGGAACGACGAGAGUCGUCGUCGUAUGUUGUGACAUCAUUGAAGUCUGCAAAGGGAAAAAGGUCAUUUUAGUUAACUGCGCCCUCAGUUUGCUUUGAGGUUUGGGAAAUUUCGCUUUAAUCUGGCUGUUGCUGUGCUGUGCGAAUUUCAUUUUUUGGACAUUGACACUUGGCCUGCCAAUUUUAAUAAUGCCUUAUUUUGCAGCUCAGCACUAGUGGCAAUCAUGGGAUACACAGAGGUGGGAAAAUCUUAACUAUGCACACAAAGAGCACCUGAACUAAUCCUUGGACCAGCUGGAGAAUACUGUGAAAUACUAUAAACGGCAACAAAAAUGUCAGUUUGGUUUUACAGACUUAAAUUAAAUGGUGUUUCUGAAAGCAUUUCCAAUGAUUGCUGAUCACUCACAGUUAUAAUAAUCUCAAUGACAACAAGCUAUUUGUAACAGGAUGUGUCGAAGUUUCCCUCCUCUGCUUUUUGUAUUUUAUGGUCCAUCUUCUGAAGGUCAUCAGGAGGAUGUUACUCCUCCUGUCAUAUACAUUGUGAGUAUAAAAUGUACUUCUUGUCUGUAGAAUGCCACAUUAUCAGCUAUUUGUCAAUGUCCUUGUCUUCAAUGCUUUGGUUUGGAUAUUUCAGUUUUUAUUUGUAAAGAUUCUGUUGCAUGAAUGUGAUCGGCAAAGAGACAAAUACAGUCAACAUUAUUUUUCGGUGUUAACGUGUUGCAUUGUUCAGAUAUGACUACAUUUAGUUGGGGUUUACAUUUCAUAUCUAAUAGCCCGUGGCUUAAUUCCAUGAUAAAGGGCUCACAAAGUCAGAUGUUGUAUUGUAAGUACCUAUAUAUGUAUGUUGAAGUUGCCAAAGGUCAGUGGAAGAAGUCAUUCAUUUAAACCUUCCUCAUAAGAGGCAGUUCAUUUAUGUCUGCAUGCUCCAAGCCUCAAGUCUCCAAUAAAAGGGAGUAUUUUUAAGCAGGAUUUUUUGGGCUUCAAAGUUGAUUUGAGUGAUUUUCUCUGUUGGUAAGAUGAUUGGAAAUGAAGGGAUAAUUAAUCAUCAGUACAUGAAGAAUGUUGAAUUGAAAUUGGUCUGUGAAUCAUUUACAUUUGAAGAAAAAAAUCAGCCUAACUUGUUAAAAGCUUAUUGAAAAUACCAAGUGUUACAAUUAUAUAUUGUACCAUAUUAGGUGUCUGCUCUGCCAUGUUGUUCAUAUUGUCAGUAAUGAUGCAUCAUGUCGGAAUGCGUCUCCACCCUUUUUUUUUUCCUCUUUCGAUCUGACGCGUUUUAUUUUCAGCAUGCUGCGUACAGAUUGAAUUUUAUUCUAAGUUUUGUUAUUGUAGGUGCCAAUACUCUGAGUCAAAGGCGUUGAAAAACUAUUUUAAGAGAUGAUCAUAUAAAUCCAAGGAACAUUUAAAGAGUAUUAAAGUAAAUAAUCACCUCAGCCCUCCAUCCUCACGGUGUAUUUGCACAUCCUCAAACUGCAGGUGUAUGAAUGACCCCUGCUCUAACGGUUUUAGCUAACCAUGUAUACGACUGAACAGAAUCCAUUGACAUUACAUUCGCAAUCACUUUUGCCAUGCAAACGAAAACAUAUUUGUAAAUAGUAUGGGUGUGUUUCAAAGUUUUAUUUAAAUAAAAAAAGCAGGUGGGAUUUCUGUCUUUGUGUGCAGUUUUUGGUCAUUUGAAAUUUGAAAAAUCUUGAUUUCUCUCUGUAGCUGUUCUGUGAUUUGGCCACAAACCAUUUUCACAUCAAAUACAUUUAGAUGGAGUUUACUGAGUAAGGCAUGGAAAUGAGGUUCCUCUGCAUUGCAUAACUUUGUCGCAGCAAAUGCAUGCAGGCAAAGGAAGGACAGGGUGGAUACAGUGACAGAGGGACCAGAGAAACCAGAGUAACCAGAGUGGGGUGAUGGUAUGUGGGCCAGUUAUUAAUAACAGCACAUAAGAGAGGUGGCUAUUUGGAUCUUCAUCAUCUUCUCAGCUGUAUUUAUUACAUAAAACACACCUAUCGUGUCACAGAGGAAGAUACUCGACCAAAUAAUGACAGGUUCAAAUUUGAGAGGUAAAGGUGUUACUGCUGCAUGCAUGUCUCAAUAAAAGAGGCACAUUAACAGAGCAGAAGUGUUUUUCUAGGUCGAGAUGUCAUCCUCACAUUACAGACAUGACAGGAAUUCUCAUAAAAGCCAGAGAGGAAUCAACUGAGUGGAUGACCUUGCUCUUCCCUGGUUGUGUGUUCACCUUAGCCUGUCACUUAGAAAUACAACAACAAAACGAGACAAAGAAAGUUAAUAAAAACCUUUAUUUUCAUUUUUUUUGUUAGGUUUUCCAAUAUCCACUCUUCCAGCUUUUCUUGCCCUUUUUGACCCAUCCAGCUCCAUCCCCCAAGCGUUUCUCUUGACGAAUCCAUCUGCAACGGAUUCUCCCAGUUAUCAUGUACAACCUUCACGCUCCUCUACGAUCAAAAUAACUACGUCUCUUGAGCCACCACAUGGAAAAACACUACAAUGAAACACAAACACGCCUGAUAAAGCCAGAAGGAAGGUGGAAGCAGAGCAGGGAGAUUCAAACAGCUGGGUGAACUACUGCCUGACAUGGUGAGAGUAGUUUGAAGAAGAAGAA